AUGUACGCAAGACCAAAACAUGCUAAGAAACACCUAACAGCGAUAGUCAGCAGAUCCAUCAACCCAUUCACAACGCUACCGAUCCCAACAGGAGAAGACUGGCGAGAGAAAUGCAACGGAGACCCAGACAUCAGCCACAUCAUCAAGGCAAUCCGCAACAACAAAAAGGUAGACAGAUCAAAGCUCACAAACCCAACGUAUGCCUCAGAACUCAACAGAGAUAAGCUAGAGAUUGAAAACGGCAUCCUAUACCAAUUCGAAGAACCGAAGUCGGCACCAAUGCGUCAACUACGACGAGCGGUCGUCCCACCAAGAUUGAGAGCCACAAUCAUAGCAGCAUACCACGCAUCACCAAUGGCAGGACACGUAGGGUUCCACAAGACGUAUUACAGGAUAGCCGCAAGGUUUUGGUGGCCCGGGAUGGCAAAGGAUAUCAGAGAAGCAGUCCUAGGAUGCGGACAUUGCAAUGCAGCCAACGCGUCGAGCCACAAAAACCAAAAGAUUCUACAACAGACACCAAUAGAAGAACCAUUUGAUGUUGCAUGGACGUUUGGUCGCCAGGAUCAACAAAGAACGCUACCAAACUGUCCACAGCUUUGA